UUGUCCACAACCAACACACACUCAUUUCUCUCCCUUUCUCAUCCCCAUUUUCAAAUCUUCCCCCCAUUUUUCAUCUCCCCCAAAAUAUCUCCAAAAACAAAAAAAUGGGAGAAAACAACAGCAGCAACAUAGACCCUCUCUUCUGGCUUCCCUCCGACUUUCUCGACGACGACAACGAAGACAAUCAACUCCCCACCGAGUUCCCAUAUGAUUUCACCGAGUCAACUCGCCACUCUGCUUCCGAGGAGCAGUGGGGUGGCUUGUUGGGCUCGCCGCAGUCGAUUCUCAGUCCAGUUCUUAGCAGUGGUAGCCCAAACGGCCCGUCUUCUCCAACGGCGCCGGUUGGUCAGAAAACAGACCAGUCAUGGAAUCUGAUAUGCGCGGCUGCAGGGGAAGUUAACAUGUGGAAGAUGCAAAAUGAAACUGCAAACAAAAUUACAGCUCUACCGACCCCACCUAAUUAUUUUGCUCCACUCCCCUCUUCAAACAAAAAUACCCCGCAGGUGAAGCAAAAUAACGUUUCAGUGUGGGGCCACCCUUUUGGAGUUUCAUCUGAAUAUGGUUGUGGUUUUAGUGGGAAUGCAAUGUACGGAAGACUUCAGGGUCCGAUUCAAAUUGGCUGGCCUGCUUCAGAACUUCAGAAACAAUAUUUUAAUGCAAAUGGGUCAGUGAGUCACCCAACUUUUCUAUUUUCCGGUGGCCGGAGUAUUGCUGCUGGCGGUGGUGUUGGGUUGAAGAGGAAAUGCGCAGGCACCGGUGUGUUUUUGCCUCGUACAUGCGCUGGCCCCACUGACUCUAAAGUUAAACCUGGUUGUCCAGCUUCUUUUACUCCACCAACCAGGCCUGCUCAGGCUUUCAAUGUAAACCACAGCAAUAAUGUGAUGACUCAAGCUCAAGCUAAAGCUCAACUCUCCUUAAUCACUGGAGUCACCUCAGAUUAUGAUGCAAUGCUCAUGGAUAGGAAUGCAGUAUUAGCGCAACAAUGGCGCAAUGGGGCAAUGAAUUGUGACCAGUUUCUCCCGCGGGAGUGGUCUUAUUGAUCAACCAUGAUGUGCAUCUUGGUGGAAGGAACAGUUUCUCAUAAAUGUAGUAGUAUUGGAAGAAGUUAGGAAUGUUUUGAAUGAAAUAAUACAAGUAGUUAGUUAUGGUCUAUGUAGCAACUAUGCAGGUGUUUAAGGUUUUGGCAUAAAUUUUAUUCUUCUCAAAGAAUGAGAAGUGAAGGGUAAUAAGGGAUCCUAGGCAGCUGUUGGUGUUUUUUUGUGGUCUUCAACUUUUGUGUUUUGACUAGAGAGAGCAGAGGAAUAAGAGGGGUGGGGGAGGGUAUAAAAUCGAUGGUAGUAUCUUGUAGGAUCUCUUGUAAUGUUGUGCGGACAUAAUAAUAUACUCUUUUCGCGACUUUAAAUCAAAAUCAGUUCCGUUCGAUUUCUA